CAAUAUGUGAGUAACUUGUACACCAUGUAAAGUAACAGGAUUUUAUUCCUGCAUCUAAGAGUGAGUCUUUUUCAGCUUCUCUUGGUUUUCUUAUAUUUCAGUGACACACUAGAUCUUGGAAGCAGAGGAAGAAUCCACUGCACCAUGAGACUCACCUGCUCUCUCUUACUCAUGGCAGUGUUCUGUGUGACACCUUUCCUCUGCCAUAGUCAAAUUGAUCCACUGGCUCUUGGGCGGGCAGACCCCCAGUGCUGGGAAUCCUCCUCAGCUGUUUUACUGGAGAUGAGGAAGCCUCGCAUUUCUGACUCUGUCAGUGGCUUUUGGGACUUCAUGAUCUUUCUGAAAUCCUCGGAGAACUUGAAACAUGGGGCUUUGUUCUGGGACCUGGCUCAGCUCUUCUGGGAUAUCUAUGUGGACUGUGUGCUCUCCAGAACCCACGGCCUGGGGAGAAGGCAGCUGGCAGAAGCUGAGCAAAAAACAGCUAUUCUACGUUCUCAGUUCACAGGGAGAAACCAAGGGACAUUUUCUCAUAUUCAGAGGUCACCAGUUCUGAAGAAGGACUCAUUUGAAGAUUUAAUAAGCAUCCAUAUACAUAAGAGUAGAUCUAUAUUACUUGGAAGAAUGAUUGGACAGCUAGGAAAAAAGAGGAAAUUACACAUUUAGUCUAAGAUUCUGAUUUGUAGAUAAUUUUUAACUAUUUUGCUUUAUUUUUUUGCAUUUUAAUCCCCAUUGAUGUCAAUUUAUGUGGUGGAAGAAGGCAUGUAACCUUGAGCACUACAUCUAAUCCAUUGGACUUACGGGUUUUCUUAAUUACUUAUGAAUUUUGUCUCCUUACUAAACUGCAUGAUUUAUAAGCAGAUGCCUAGUUUAAAUUGUGUGUAUAUCAGGCUUUUUGUAAUACAUGUGAUCUGUUUAAACUAUUGUCUUUCGGGUGCCAAAACAGGAAAUAACUGAUCCUUCAAUAAAACAUAGACAAGCAGAGAAGGAAGUUGUCAAAAAAUCUCCACUGGCUCCAAGACAGAAUUAGAGAAGAGAUGGUGAUGUUUGGUUGUAUGCAGAGCUGUACACUUGUGCAGAGCAACCCCUGCUCAGAGACAUCAUCCUACUAAAGAAAAAUAGUACAAAUUUCUGCACAAAAAAUACCUUCCAGGAAUGUUUUAAGUUUUCCAGUAAAAGUAAAAGGGUUAACAGAUUUUACCAGCUCCUCUGCUUUCACACUUAAAAUGCCUAAUCACAAAAAUUCUCAUACAUAACUAGCAAUUGCUUCUUUUCUAGUUUACAAGUUCUUUGUAGAAAAAUCAGUUUCUUCUGACUCUUACUGAUAACUCUAAUAGUCAAUUUGGCAUUAAACUAAUGCAAAACAACUUAUGGCAGGUAACAUUUGAUUGCUUUUAUGAUGUAAGUUAUUUCCAUUGCCAGGCUGACUGGAUGAAAUCAUUAAUUUCAUCAUUCCAGGGCUAUUACAUUUAGUUGCUCAUUCAAAGUUUCUUUCCUUCAGCAUCUAGCAAUAUUUGGUGGGGCUUUUUUCUUUUUCCCAAAUGCCCACAGAAAAAGGGG